UCCUGUCCCCGCCCUCCCUCCUGCACAUGCGCAGUGAGUGCGGCGGGCCGAGCUGCUCCCUCCCUCCCUCCUGGCGGCCGGGGCGCUACUGACAGACCGAGGAGCCGGAGCGGCGGCGGCGAGAGCCGGUCGGAGCCUGCCGAGACCCCCCCCUCCUCCCCCGCACCCCCUGUAGCGCCACCCCCACCCACUCCACAGGGCUCGGCGCCGGUGAAUGGGAGCGACGGGCGGCACCGGCCUCAGGGACCGAGGAGAAGCGGCGGUGGCGGCGGCGCGGAUGGAAUGAACCUUCCCUGUUGAAUGCCUCCAGAUUUCCUGUUGGAUUUCACGUGUGGAGAAACAUUUUCCUUUCGGUUAAAGCUGCUCUGUGGCAGACUAAAUUUUGGAUCCAGGAUUCACAAGGUUUUUUUAAUCUUGAGGAGGCAGCCACAGCUGAAUCACGUUAGCCUGCCAUCACAGCCACCAUGGUGCUUUCACAGAGGCAACGAGACGAACUAAAUCGAGCAAUAGCAGAUUACCUUCGAUCCAAUGGCUAUGAAGAGGCUUAUUCAGUUUUUAAAAAGGAAGCUGAGUUAGAUGUGAAUGAAGAGCUAGAUAAGAAGUAUGCUGGACUUUUGGAGAAAAAAUGGACAUCCGUUAUAAGAUUACAAAAGAAGGUGAUGGAAUUAGAAUCUAAGCUAAAUGAAGCAAAGGAAGAAUUCACAUCAGGUGGACCUCUUGGUCAGAAACGAGACCCUAAGGAAUGGAUCCCUCGUCCUCCAGAGAAGUAUGCAUUGAGUGGACAUAGGAGUCCUGUCACAAGAGUAAUUUUCCACCCAGUUUUCAGUGUUAUGGUCUCUGCUUCAGAGGAUGCCACAAUAAAGGUGUGGGAUUAUGAGACAGGCGAUUUUGAACGAACCCUUAAGGGACAUACAGACUCUGUGCAGGAUAUUUCUUUUGACCACAGUGGCAAACUCUUGGCCUCCUGUUCUGCUGAUAUGACCAUUAAGCUAUGGGAUUUCCAGGGCUUUGAUUGCAUCAGAACCAUGCAUGGUCAUGAUCAUAAUGUUUCUUCAGUAGCCAUCAUGCCCAAUGGAGAUCACAUAGUCUCUGCCUCAAGGGAUAAAACCAUCAAAAUGUGGGAAGUUCAAACAGGUUAUUGUGUGAAGACUUUCACGGGGCACAGAGAAUGGGUGCGCAUGGUGCGACCUAAUCAGGAUGGCACCCUGAUUGCCAGCUGUUCUAAUGACCAGACAGUGCGUGUUUGGGUGGUAGCAACAAAGGAAUGCAAAGCUGAGCUCCGAGAACAUGAGCAUGUGGUAGAAUGCAUUUCUUGGGCUCCUGAGAGCUCAUACUCCACCAUAUCAGAAGCUACAGGAUCCGAGACUAAGAAGAGUGGUAAGCCUGGGCCUUUCCUGCUGUCUGGCUCCAGAGACAAGACCAUUAAGAUGUGGGAUAUUAGCACUGGCAUGUGCCUUAUGACACUUGUGGGCCAUGAUAACUGGGUACGUGGCGUUCUGUUCCAUUCUGGAGGAAAAUUUAUUUUGAGCUGUGCCGAUGACAAGACCCUCCGUGUCUGGGACUACAAGAACAAACGAUGUAUGAAAACCCUUAAUGCGCACGAACACUUUGUUACCUCUUUGGAUUUCCACAAGACAGCACCAUAUGUGGUUACUGGCAGUGUAGAUCAAACAGUAAAAGUGUGGGAGUGCCGUUGAUUGAAGUCACAUUUGACCCCCUUUUCCUCUGGAUGCACUCAGAUACCAUGGUUAUCCAUUGAGCUCUGUUUAAAUAAAUAUUGUCCUUUCAUGUAAAUUAUUCUGGAUGUAGAUUGAGCUUAUUAAAUGUUACACACAAAGUAUUCAUGCAUGGUGAAUCCAAAUUGUAUACUGUAAAUUUACAUACGUUGUCUAGAAGUACCAUAGGUUUAAGAACAUGGGCUGGCAUUGGUCACAUCAGACCUAAGAAGGCAGAAGUUGGAUAACUGAGAUAGGGCACUUAACUGAAUAGCUGACGGUGUCGUUCUAUGUUGUAUAAUUAUACCUGGUUUUCUUUCUGCUGUCUGUUGGUGCCUGAACUGGUGACCUCAUUUGGGAAAAGUUUUGUAGGGCUCUUUCAGAAAUGUGUAUCUAUAUAACAUCACUUAAGUGUGCUUAAUAAAUCUUCUCUAAGGAUACUAGAUAAUAAGGCUGCAAUUCAGAAUCUUCUGAACCUUAUAUGUAAUUAAUGGGAAUUAAUUAAACUUUGGGAUUUUUGUCAUGACACAUUUGCCAAAUCAAUAGAAUAAGUUUGUUUUGGCCUCCUGUCUCGCAAAGGGUGGUGUAUUUAUAUAAACAAAUUAACUUGUAAAUCUGAAAUAAGAGAACACAUCUUAGUAGCAGCUGAUGUGAUAUAUUUAUUUUAUUUGGUCAUUCAGUGGUUAAGCUAUAUGUAAAACUUUAAGCGUAAUGCUUUUCUUGUUAGACAUACUUCCAAGAGGAGGAGUCCUUCCUAGUAGAAUUUAAUGAUCUAAUUUCCAUCUAGAACUUAAUCUCUACAGUGACUAUGUUGUGGUAGCAGUUUACUGUUUGGUUUUGACAUGGUUUGUGUGCAAUGCCCAUUACCCAAUAUCAAAGGACACUCUCUCGGUAUUCUAUGUGGAAAAUGCAGGAAUACAGUGGUUCGUCAGUGCCACCUCAAACCCUUCUGAAAUGUGAGGUAAUAUAAAACAUAACAAGUUUUAACAUAGCUUGCAUCAAAAUUACCAUGGUCUGUGUAAGAAAAAGAUCUUAAGGUACAGUAUUCAAAUUCUUUCAAUAAAGCACUAAAAUGGA